AUGCUAUCUAUAUUCAUUAGAGUAGUGGAUGAGAAUGAUGGUGCCAAAAGUAAGGAUGAUAAAACUAGCCUUGUUGGCAUCAAAAUCAUCCAAACUUCCAUCCAUGAAGUUUAUAUGUAUGAGCAUGAUGUUGCUACUCAAACCCAUGAUAAGAUUGUUGAUCAUGAAGAUGAGAAGCAAAAUGUUAUUGAUAGAACUACACUAUCCAAGAGCACAAACUUGAUAACAAAUUUUCUUACCAUUUCUCAACAUAAUGAUACCUUUGUAUGCUUGAAAGAUUCAUCAAUAGACUUUAAGAGGAAAGAUGUUAUAACUAUUGAAGCUUGGAAAGAUGACAAUCUUUAUGAAUAA